GGUUUUAUUUUGUUAUUGAACUCACCUCAAGAAUUGAUAACGAAACGUGGCAAAAGGUGUCUGGCCGUCUGUCGGCCGUCGCUUACCUGUCGUAAAUUCUGCGACUGUUCCGUAAGCGUGACCUUGCCAUAUAAUUCCAUCUCUUUCGCUCAUUGUUCUCCCCGUCGCCUCCCCCACCCUGCUCCAAGGCGCGGCCGCUAAAGCAGACAAAGCCUUUUCUUCCAGACUUCCACUUCCCCCAAUGGCCGACGUCGAAGGUGGCAGAACCCUAACUCUAUCUGAGCAAUACUUAUUGAAGGAUAAGGAGGAGAAGCCAGAUGGAAGCACAAAACCUGUGGAAGUAACCGAUGCUGCAUCUGAUGAAGUUGCCUCUGAAAAAAUAGAGGAUACCCCUGCUGGUGAAGAAAGCACUGAAGCUUCUCCUGCUGGUGGCGAAGAAAGCACUAUCACCCCUGCUGCUGCUGCUGAAGAAACCACUGAAACAACCGCUGCUGCUGCCUAUGAAAGCAAUGAGGCCAACCCAGCUGCUUCUGAAGAGAGCAGUGAAAUCAAUGAGCAGGAAGAUUCUGGUGAUCAAGAAGCUGAACAAACCCCAGAGAUAAAGCUUGAGACAGCACCUGCUGAUUUCCGUUUUCCGACUACCAAUCAAACAAGGCAUUGCUUUACCCGAUAUAUUGAGUAUCAUCGAUGCAUUGCUGCAAAGGGAGAAGAUGCUCCUGAGUGUGAUAAGUUUGCAAAAUAUUAUCGUUCUCUUUGCCCUGGUGAAUGGAUAGAGAGAUGGAACGAGCAAAGAGAGAAUGGCACUUUCCCAGGCCCCCUGUAGACUGUUUCUUCAAAAAUCUUCAAUGCUGUUUGGUGAAGUUGCUGCCAAAUCCAUUGGAUAAUGUCAUCAAAUGAGAAUGGAACACUUUCAGGAGAAGUCUUUAUUUAAAAGUAUAAUGAGUUAAUAAAAAUUUUGGCUUUCACAUUCAACUAAUUUAUAUUGAUGCUCUUCAAACAUGCUGCUGUUUAUCAAUAAUGUGUUUUAGCUCUUUACAUCAUACUGGUUAGUACCAGUAACUUGUUACUGGAUUAAACUGGGAAUAUUGUAGCAGAUGCCUCUGGAGUUUACCUGUUGCAUGACGAUGAGAUGUAUUACUCUGGUGGAUUGUUAUCAGUGACAAAUUCAACAUCCAUGAAUUUAUAUUUUUUAUGCUUGCAAA